AUGACGAUGUCGGAAGAACGCCUCUUCAGAUUCUCCAAGCCUGAAUGGCUUAACAGCGCGUGGGCGAGGAACGCGGGGGUUUAUGCUGCUGGUGCUUUUUUCUCCCUAGCCUUCUACACCCUCCUCGACUCCGCCGUCUGGUCCCACUCCCCCCUCAACGCCUCAGACGUGCACAUCCGCUUCGUCGACUGGCUGCCCUUCAUCUUUUCCACCUUGGGGAUGUUGAUCAUCAACAGCGUCGAAAAGGCGCGGCUUUCGCAAGAUAGCUUUUCCUAUAGCGGAUCCGGCGUGGCCUGGAAGGCGAGGGUGGUGCUGUUCUUGGGAUUCGCGUCCCUGGCUGGUGGCAUGGCGGGUGGGGUUACCGUGUUUGUGCUCAAGUAUGUGGUGAAGGAUGUCGGGUUUCCGGCGUUGAGGAUGGGGGUGGAGAAUUUGGUUGCUAAUGGGUUGGUUGGGUUGAGCGCCGUCGUCCUCUGGAUCUCCCAAAACAUGGAAGACGAAUACUCUUACAACCUCGCCCUGUAA